UGCUACUUUAGGAGCAUGCCAAGAGUGUGCAGGAAGCGAAGCGAUGGCAGGGCAGGCACACGCGAGAUCCUACAAGUAUAUAUGUUAAGUAUAUAUUAUUAUUAAUUAUGGAUGUAAUCAUAGAGGUGCUGUGGUGUGUGUGAGUGAUGCUGUAUUAUUUUUGAAUGAGAUGCAGUGAUCAGAUAGAGAGCCAUAGCUAGGCGUUUUAUUGGAGUAUUAGAAUAAAGGGGUUGCUUUCUUGUUGUGGCUUGUUAGGUUUCAGUUUAGUCGAGCAAAAGUAAAAAGUAAAAAGAAAAAAGGAUAAUGUUGGGUGGCUAGUUGAGGUUAAAAGGCAAAAUGGGUGAGGUGUUUGGUGAAAGGGUCUUUAAUUUUGGGGGGUUUUGUCUGGCUUCGACGACACAACCUUUAAAAUCUGCGCCAAAGAGCAUUUACUUCCCUCCUUCCUUGAUUUUGCCAGUUUGAACCAAUUUAAUGCUCUCAUCUGAUUUCUCUCUCACUGUCCUCCCUUCAUUUUACUAUAACCCAACAACGCCUUCUUCAUCUCCACUCAUCUCUUAGUCGCCGUCCGUACGACCCUAGUUACUACACGUCACAUGCACUUCAUCCUCAUCUACUUCAACAACCUUCCUUCUUUUGUUACUAGCUUUUCUUUUUUGUUGGCGGCGUCAUCGAUGGCUUCGCCACCUGCGUUGUUAGGCGUUACGGGAGUAGCUGUCACGGCAGCCGAAAAUAAUGCCACUGUACCCUCGCAUCCUUCUUCUUCUUCGACUGAGAACGUGAACCCGAGUAUAAUUAUAAUAGUUUCUAUACUUUCCAUUACGGUGAUUGUUUCCGUAUGUAUUUGUCUUCUCCUUCGCCACCUCAAUCGCCGUUGCUUGCGUCGCCUCUCUCCUUCAUCUACGUCCACUAUCACCGCUUCUUCUGCCCACCGUAUCAGUCCCGAACAAUCAUCACCACCGACAACUUCGUUGCUUGAUUCGCUUCCUUUGUUCACAUUCUCUUCACUUACUAGCCGCACCAACAAGGAUUCAACCGUUUCCGGAGAUUGCGCGGUUUGUUUGUCCAAAUUUGAACCGAUGGAUCAACUCAGGCUUCUCCCUCUUUGUUGCCACGCGUUCCAUGCUCAAUGCAUUGAUACUUGGCUCACUUCAAACAAAACUUGCCCUCUAUGUCGCUCUCCUCUCUUAGCUUCCGACUCCGAUCUCAUAAAGCUUUCGCUUCAGUUUUCUAACGUAUCCGGCGUGAUCGGGACUGGCGGCAGCGACAGUUUCCGGCUGGAGAUUGGCUCUAUCAGUGGCCGUCAACCAGGCUCCGAAUCCGUUGAACGGGGAAGAUCUUAUUCCGUUGGCUCUUUCGAUUAUAUCGUGGAGGAAGAAUCAGAGAUUACUAGGAAUCAAACGCAUCGGAGAAACUUGUCCGAUAAGGAAGAACUUGGAGGAGCUGAGCCAGCUUUGGAAGCGAGCCUCGCCGGGGAAGUUGCUAAUGAGAGGAGUUGGCUUAAGGACUACGUGGAUAGGCUAUCUUCUUCCUUAUCGUCUCGUACCAUGUCGUUUCGCAGCUCAGGUAGGCUCUUUACCGGAAGCAGUCGCCGAAGCGAAAUCUCCGGCGCCACUGAAGAUUAUGACGUGGAAGCCAAUCGCAUAGGUGAGGAGAUCAGUGAAAUGUUUCGUUGGUUCUCAGGGGUAUGACGUAGGUAACGGCAUUUCUGCAUUUUCAGCUUUCACGGUUUGACUAGUUACUUCACACAAUCACUCUAUUUUUGCACCUUCCACUCUGUUCCUAAUGAAACUUACGACAGAGAGUUAAUGUAGAGAAAUGGAGUGGACAUAGCAAAAUUUUUGAGUAUUGCCUGCCUCCUUUUUACCAUUAUAUCCCUCUGUAAAUAUUAAAUAAAGUAGGUGAAAGAAUACAAGUAGUUUUAACAGAAUGUAAUCCACGGUGAUAUUUUAGUAAACAAUACGUUAAAAUUGCUUUUGACCGUCAAAA